AGCUGAACUGUCUGAGCCUCACGUCAGAUGACUUCACGCUGCACAGCUCUGAAUUCUUACAUCUGCAUGGGACCCUGACGGACCUCCUCUGUGUGUGGUGAGUGACUCUGCUCAUCAACAGCGAUGGAUCUGCUGAACUCCAGCCGCCUCCCCACCAACCAAUCAGACUUCAGCAGCACCUUCACGCUGCACGUGCUGCCGCCGCUCUACCUGCUCAUCUGCGUGGUGGGCGCCGCCCUGAACGGCGGGGCCGCCUGGAUCUUCUUCCGAGUGCCCAGCGACUCGGGCCUGGUGGUGUACCUGAAGAACAUGGUGGUGGCCGACCUCCUCAUGCUCGCCACCUUCCCCUUCAGGCUGGCGACUCAGCUGGGCGUGGGCGGCUGGCGGCUCCACGUGGUCAUCUGCCGCUACACCGCCGUGCUCUUCUACUCCUCCAUGUACGUGGGGAUCCUCUUCAUGGGGUUCAUCAGCCUCGAGCGCUACGUCAAGAUCGUCCGACACACCUCGACCUGCUGCACCGGCAGGUCCCGGUUGUGCGGGGUGUCGCUGCUGCACCACCUGCAGAACGUCGGCUUCGCGCGGGUGCUGGCGAUCUUCACCUGGAGCUUCCUGCUGCUGUGCGUCCUGCCCAACGUGGUGCUGACCAGCAUGCCGGCGGAUGAGCAGAACGCGCGGCAAUGCAUGCAGCUGAAGACGCCGCUGGGCGUGCAGUGGCACCGCGUGUCCACGCUCUUCAACAUCGGCCUGUUCUGGGUGACCCUGCUCGUCCUCGCCUACUGCUACACCUCCAUCGCCUGCCGCGUCUACCAGUCCUACCGUCGCGUGCGCCGCGACAACUGCGACGUCUGCCGGAAGUCGCAGCGCAGCAUCUUCAGCAUCCUGGCGGUGUUCUUCGUCUGCUUCGUGCCGUACCACGUCUGCCGCGUGCCGUACACACUGAGCCAGAUGCCGGCGUCGGGCUUCAGCUGGAACUCUCGCUUCGUGCUGUUCCAGCUGAAGGAGACGACGCUCUUCAUGUCGGCGCUCAACGUCUGCCUCGACCCCGUCAUCUACUUCCUGAUGUGCAGAACCUUCAGAGAGUCGCUGCUCAGGAAGCUGUCCGGGAGACAGAGGAGGACGUCGCUCACCACCGGCCAGAGUCUCACACACAUUUAGGAGAGG